CCUGGCUUUAGCUGUCUGGCCAUGCCUUGGUCCUGGCUGCUGGCGUAGGCACUUUUUUUGCACCCCGUACAUCUCACAUUGGGAGUUAUCAGAGCGUACAGCAGCAAUAGUAGUAGCAGUACGCUGGGGCUGCACGGGGUCCUGGAUCUGACCUGAUUUGUCUAUUCGAUGACUUCACUCAAGUGUCGCUCCUCUGGGGAAUUAUUGUCUCAUAAUUCAGCAAUCAUGGUUAGGCCAGGGGGCUGUGUUUCAUGUUUUGUUGAAAGAAAAUCGGGGUGCAUAAUGGAUUUUUCAGGAGUGCAAUUUGACAUCAAAGCACUGCAUCUGAAGAGGCUCUGAUUGUACUGGGCUGUCUCGCCAUGGCUGAUCCAGAGAGCUUUGAAUGGUUGAAAGAAACUGUCAGUUUUUUGCCAGCUUUGCCAGGAUUUUCCAGCAUGUUUGGGAAGAAGAAAAAACGGCUGGAGAUCUCAGCACCAUCUAACUUUGAGCACCGGGUCCACACGGGCUUUGACCCGCGGGAGCAGAAGUUCACCGGGCUGCCACAGCAAUGGCAGAGCCUCCUGGCGGACACUGCCAACCGCCCCAAGCCCAUGGUGGACCCUUCGUACAUCACCCCCAUCCAGCUGGCACCAAUGAAGAUAUCUCCCAAGAAAGUCCGGUCAUCCGAAACGCCGUUGGCUAAAACCAUAGUGCGGGGGAACCGGCCUCCCAAAGAUGCUUCCAUCAAUGGCCUAUUGGAGGAGUUCGAUAACAUCUCAGUAACACGCUCCAACUCCCUGCGUAAAGAGAGUCCUCCCGGCCCCCACCAGGCCGGAACCAGCUCCAAACCACCCGGCAGCAGUCUCCUCGGUGCUCCAGAGGAGAAUGGAUUCAGCCACUAUUACUCCCGCUACUCCUGUGACUUGGACACCUCCAGCAGGGACUUCUCUCUUGACCCCAGCAAACCAAGCUUCUCUAUUGACGGAGAGUGGGCUGUGGGCAGGCACUACCGUUUCACAAAGCAGAAUGGCCACUCACACCCCAUCCGCAGCCCUUUUUACCCCGACGCCAUGCCCCAAAAAUCUGACUAUGGCAAGCUACCCCCAGACUAUCACACCUACCUGGAGAGCAAAGGGCGCUCAGCGGAUGAGGUGGCCUCCACGGUGGGGAGCGGGGUGGGCUCCAGUGGCUACUACCGGGCAUCUGUGGGGGGUUCAUCUAGCCAGGACUACCGGGACACUUCAGUAGGGACUCCAUCACGUGCGUCACUACACAGUGAGCAGAUCAACUACCCAGACAGUGAGUGGAGCUAUGGUGGCCUGAGGGAUGACUACGAGAAGAGGCCCAAGAGCUCCUACGUCACACAGACCAGCCCCACACCGGCGAUAAGGCAGCGGUCUCGGUCGGGUUCUGGGCUGCAGGAGCCAAAUGUCCCCUAUGCAGCCAGUGGGACUUUCAAGAACCCCCCUCAGGCCCACCCAUACAGCUCCUACACCUACCCUCGACUCUCGGAGAGUCUCACCAACUCACAGACCUUAGCCAAGGGCGACUAUGAGCGUCCGUCACGUGAUGGCAGUCCCCAGGUUACAGGCGGUGACACCUAUCCCCGAGGGCCUCUUAAGCUACCUCAGAGCCACACAAAGCCGCCUGGAUAUCCUCCAGCGCACCUGCCCUACCCCCCUGUGUUUCACCACUACAAGCCCUCACCCUACCACCACCCCCCCUCCCAGCCCAGCCCGCCGUAUACCCCCCAGGGGGCUUACUCCCAGCCGUCUUCCCCCUACAUACCCCCAGGGGCUUACCCACCUCCUUCUUGGGGGUCCAGUUCUGACACCCAGCCCUCCAGAGUCUCCCAUGAGCAGUUCAGGGCUGCGCUUCAGUUGGUGGUCAACCCAGGCGACCCUCGGGAAUACCUGGACAGCUUUAUUAAGAUUGGCGAGGGCUCCACGGGUAUUGUGUGCAUCGCCAGUGAGAAACACAGCGGCAAGCAGGUGGCGGUGAAGAAGAUGGACCUCAGGAAACAACAGAGGAGAGAGCUGCUCUUUAAUGAGGUGGUAAUUAUGAGGGACUAUCAUCAUGAAAAUGUGGUGGACAUGUACAACAGCUACCUGGUGGGAGACGAGCUCUGGGUCGUCAUGGAGUUCCUGGAGGGCGGGGCACUGACGGAUAUUGUGACUCACACCAGGAUGAAUGAGGAGCAGAUUGCUACUGUAUGUUUGUCGGUGUUGAGGGCUCUGUCUUACCUGCACACACAGGGCGUGAUCCAUCGUGACAUUAAAAGUGACUCCAUUCUCCUCACCAGUGACGGAAGGAUCAAACUGUCAGACUUUGGCUUUUGUGCCCAAGUUUCCAAAGAGGUGCCCAAGAGGAAGUCUCUGGUGGGUACGCCUUACUGGAUGGCGCCAGAGGUCAUCUCUAGACUACCGUACGGGACUGAGGUGGAUAUCUGGUCUUUAGGCAUCAUGGUAAUUGAGAUGGUGGAUGGAGAGCCUCCGUACUUCAACGAACCCCCUCUGCAGGCCAUGAGGAGGAUACGAGACAACCUGCCCCCGCGGCUUAAAGAGUCGCACAAGGUGUCGUCAGUGCUGAGGUCCUUCCUGGAUCUCAUGCUGGUGAGAGAGCCUUCUCAAAGAGCAACAGCCCAGGAACUCCUCCAACACCCCUUCCUCAAGCUGUCAGGACCUCCAUCUUGCAUCGUCCCCCUCAUGAGACACUAUCGCCACCGCUGACCUGAUGGCCUGAACCUGCCCUGUUCUACACUAAUUACACACACAUAACACACACUACCAGGGUGGCACUGCCCUCACUCCGCCAAAACAUGCCGCCGUUUGGUGGCACGCCACUAAUGUAACACUCACACCUGUAACCGUGAAGUAGAUUAGCUAGAGGAAUAUCUAAGAAAUUCAUGUAAAAAACACACGACAGAGAAAAGAAGAAAAAAAUCACCUAGUAUUUUCAAACUAUGAGCUGGACUAAAAGAGUUUACUGUGCCAGAGGAACUCACUACCCUGUUAGAUGUCCAGUAGAAACAUAUGGGCUGGCUCACCCCGCUGCAGUCUUCUCUCUUCCUAGACUGUAGGUCUUCAGCUCUGUGUAGAGUUGUAGUAGCCAUCAGCUCGAGCUUCAGACGGGUGCAGCGAGCGGUUGAUGAGGCGAACGGACCCUGGGACCGGCACUCUGCUCCAGACCGGAGCAGCAGAGGGCAGAACAAUCAGAUGCGUGCAGAGACAGAGGGGAUUUUGACUAGUAAUGACUGUGGUCAGGCUGCUGCUCAGCUGGUCAAAAAGAGACGAGCUCUCUUGUAUCUCUCUUCUCACACACUAACAGUGAAAAUGUAUUUUAGAGAAACUUGUAAGUUUUUCUGUACAGUUUUGAUAAUUUGCAGUAUUUUAUCGUGUCGUAACCAUUGUGAUAUGAGCAGUAUUAAAUAGAGUUUCUGCAGAGAUCUUUCCUACUGUUUAUAAUCCAGUUUUUGCUUAAAGAUAUAAGAGAUAUCCCAAAUAAACCCACCUAAACCUAACUGUUACUAAAAAUACUAAAUAUAUUUAUUAUCUUACAUUUGUAGGCAGAACUUCCAUUAAAUGUUGGAAAAAGGGUAAUGUCAGAAUUUUGUAUAAGGUUUUAAAGUAUUUAUUUAUUUAUUUAUUGGAACUGAAGGUUUAUUUUUUUGGUAGUGUGGCCUUUUUUGUUAAUUUUUUUUUUUUGUUUGUUUGUUUUGUGUUGGGAUUUGACUUGCAUUUUUUUAACAGCGCAUCGGCAGACAGUCAUAUCAGUUGAUCAUCCAAGCAAUAUCACAAACCUACUUAUGAAACCAAGAAGCCCUGUAUUUAUGAUACUGUAAUUACACACAAUGCAUUUAAAUGUAGCACAGACUGAGUGGAUUUGACAGGAAAAGAAGAUUAUCCCACGUGGACCUGUUUUCUUCUAUAUUAGGAGUCUCAUCCUGUUUCUCUAAAUGCUAAGAGGUGCCCAUCCAAGACUCCCGCCUACUGCACAGAUUCACGGAUACUGAUAAA